AUGGAGAAAGUCGACUUCAUCAAAGAUAACGGGCGUUGGUGGAUGGUUCGACGACUGACUCAAUGGGAACUUCGAGAAUCGAUGACGAACAGAAUUUGUCCUCGCUGUGACAACAAGGAAGAGCCGAAGCAUGACUGUAAGCGCAAAUCAUGGGCCAUUCUUGUGGUAGAAGAGGAUGAUCAAGAUGAUGAAGGCAUCCUAUUCGCAUUCGAUGGAGAUUCAGAGAGGAAAAAAACUGACCUUGGUGAUUUCGGUAUUAUGAAAGGAAGUCUGAUGUCAUAUGAAGACCCAUCGGUGGAAAUAGGCCAACAGAAAGAAAAAAUGGCAGAUUCACAGGAGUUUCAGUUGCUGGAAUCCAUUGAUUCAUAUGGGAAUCAACUUCCAUUGACGAUGAGGAUAGAGCAGACAAUAACAGUUGCGAACGAAAAGCAAAAAGGGGAAGAAAAUGAGAAAUCCAUGGAGAUGCAACCAAUUACUAGGUGCUCAGAAUCUGUGAAGAAAAGAGAGACAGAAGAAGCUGCGGCUGGAGAAGGAGGCGUCCAUGAAGAAGGAAAAGGAGAAGAAAAUUAUAACCCUACCCGACCCAAACCCAGGCCAUUAAACCCAAAAUCAUGGCAGCCCAUUUCUAUGAUACCCAAUCUGGCCCGAAUUCAACUAAACCCAAUGUCAUUCACAUUCAAUCUCAACAAUCCUUACAAUAAUAAUACAAGCCCAAGACCUGAGCCCAAACCCAAGUGGCCCACACAAAAUCCAAUAUUAUAUAUUUCCAAAACCAAACCCAAUCCUUCAACUUAUUUAACUACAACCAAACCUAACCCAUUUACGCCACUUAUAUCCCAGCCCAAGCAUAUUAUUCCAACCCUUACAAUCAAACCCCACUCUAGCCAACAUAACCCAACUCCAAUAAAAGCUUCCGAGCCAGCAUAUCACCAUACCACCCAUCCUCUUUUUCAUUCCCAAACUAUUGAAAUUUUUUCAAUCAAAUUCUACCCAUUGACAGUACACCAUGCCAACAACAUGUCACCCCCAACUCAUGACCGAUUCAAUAACAUCAAUAUUACCCUUCAAUUAAUCCAUCCUUUUUUAAAGAGGAGAGGGGAAGGAAAACAGGGAGAUGGCCACCGAGACACAUGCUACCGACGGUUGGAACUUGCAUUCCUUAUCGACAAUGGUUUGGAAGGAAAAAGCACGACUCGAAAAUGGCUGCAAGGGUGGGAGGGACUUGAAUUCCCAAAGAAUUUUAGUGUGAUUGCUGUGUGUCCCAAAGGAAUGGGUCCAUCUGUGAGGAGACUUUACGCUCAGGGCAAAGAGAUUAAUGGCGCUGGAAUUAAUUCCAGUUUUGCUGUCCACCAAAAUGUUGAUGGUAGAGCAACUGAUGUUGCCCUGGGAUGGUCAGUUGCCCUAGGUUCUCCUUUCACAUUUGCCACCACUUUGGAGCGGGAGUAUAGGAGUGAUAUCUUUGGGGAGUGGGGCAUUCUACUUGGUUCUGUUCAUGGAAUUGUGGAGUCCUUGUUCCGAAGGUACACUGUCAAUGGAAUGAGUGAAGAUCAGGCUUACAAGAAUACUGUUGAGUGCAUUACAGGAAUUACAUCCAAGACCAUCUCUACUCAGGGUAUGUUGGCUGUUUACAACUCCCUAUCUGAAGAGGAGAAAAAGGAAUUUGAGACAGCUUAUAGUGCAUCAUUUUAUCCUUGCAUGGACAUCUUGUAUGAGUGCUAUGAAGAUGUAGCCGAUUGUAGUGAGAUCCGCAGUGUUGUCUUGGCUGGGCGUCGGUUUUAUGAAAAGGAUGGUUUACCAGCUUCCCCAAUGGGAAAAAUUGAUCAGACUUGCAUGUGGAAAGUUGGUGAGCGUGUCCGAGCAGCACGGCCAGCUGGUGACUUAGGCCCCUUGUACCCUUUUACUGCAGGUGUCUAUGUGGCUUUAAUGAUGGCCCAGAUUGAAGUCUUGAGGAAGAAGGGGCACUCAUACUCUGAGAUCAUCAACGAAAGUGUGAUUGAGUCUGUAGAUUCAUUGAACCCAUUUAUGCAUGUUCGAGGAGUUUCUUUUAUGGUGGAUAACUGCUCCACAACAGCUCGGCUUGGAUCAAGGAAAUGGGCCCCUCGUUUUGAUUACAACCUCACGCAACAGGCGCUGGUGGCAGUGGACAGCGGUGCCCCCAUCAAUCGAGAUCUCAUCAGCAACUUCCUUUCAGAUCCAGUGCAUGGAGCCAUUGAAGUCUGCGCUCAGUUGAGACCUACCGUUGACAUUUCAGUUCCACCAGAUUUCACUCCAACAAAGGUGGAACCUGAACCAUUUAAGAGAAAGGUGGUGAGGCUUCCAAUAUCAAGGCGUGGCCUUGGAUCUAAAGGGCAAAAUAUUGUUGUGCUUACAAAUCACUUCAAAGUUAAUGUCACCAAUUAUAGUGUUUCCCUCUCAUAUGACGAUGGUCAUCCUGUUGAUGGCAAGGGUAUUGGAAGACGAGUAAUUGACAGAGUGCAAGGCCGUGUUCUAUCCGCCCCAAGGUUAAAAGUAGGAAAUGGUGAGGAUUUCUUUCUUCAAAAUGGGCGGUGGAAUUCCAAUAAUAAGAAAUUAGUGGAGCCGACAAAGAUAAAACGAUGGGCUGUUGUGAACUUUUCUGCGCGCUGUGAUAUUCGUAGCCUUGUUCGUGAUCUGAUAAAAUGUGGCGAUAUGAAAGGCUUGAAGGAAGACUUGCUAGAGGAGCAGCCUGAAGGUGUAUCAGAAUACAAGUAUUCCUCCCAUAGUGAUCUUGAAUUGCUUAAUAAGUGGAAAGGGUUGCCGGAUCGCAAAUGGACUUGGGAAUCAUGCGACAACCUUCAAUAUCCCUUUCUCCAAUCACACCUUGAGGACAAGGUGUCUCUCAAUGGACGGGGAAAUGUUAGAACUCAUAUAUAUAUUUUCUGCAGGAAAAGAGAAUAUAAAAAAAGCUGUGACCCAAAGGCAAAAUCGGAAGGCUGUCACCUUAUUGCAAAUCCAACCACUCAGAAUAUGAAACGUGGCAGAGCAGGAGAGAAUGAAAUGGCGGUGGAAAGAGUUGAAAAAGGGAGCAGGUGGGGGGAAAAGGGGCAGGUGAAAAAAACUAAGGAAAAGGUGGGGCGAGAGGGUUCUCUCGAAUGUUGAGUAUUUACUGUGGGGGGAUUUAGUUGGGUUUUUGUGUAACAUUCUGGAAAAAUUAGUGAAGAGAAUUGUAAUUGAUUAAGCAGUGCAGUAGAUGGAAAUAGUCAUUGUAUUGGAAAACUAAUUUGUAUUCAUUCCUGGAAAAUUAUUCAAUACAAUAUACAUAUUUUCAUUG